UUCAAAGGUUACCAGGAAGUUCCUCGGCGGCGGCGGCGGCAAGGCGUGUUGGUAAUUCAUUGUAGACUGCUAAACACAACAACAUAAAGAAAAAAAGAAGGAACGCAGUUACAUUUGAACAGAAAUGAGUUUACCGUUGAAUCCGAAACCAUUCCUAAACGGCCUGACGGGCAAGCCUGUGAUGGUCAAGCUGAAGUGGGGAAUGGAAUACAAAGGUUAUCUCGUCUCCGUAGACGGCUAUAUGAAUAUGCAGCUGGCAAACACAGAGGAGUACGUAGAUGGGGCGUUGGCGGGACAUCUAGGAGAGGUUUUGGUUCGGUGUAACAAUGUUUUGUACAUCCGGGGAGUGGAAGAAGAGGAGGAGGAUGGAGAAAUGAGAGAAUGAUGAAGACACAUCACACACACACACACACACUUUACCCCCUCAUCCCUGACACCACGACUGCUGAAUUUACCUUUUUAUUUUUACAUUGUCCUAUGUGGACAUUUUGGACUCUACUAGUUUCUUGAAAAAAUAUGGCAUGGAUGUUGUUCUUUUUCUGAUGGUGCAAACUUUUGAAACAAAAAAUAAAUUACAGUGAUUAUGUUUUUUUCUUAAA